GUUUAGUAGACAGAAGAGUGUCAUUCAGUGAAGUGGCACGCGAGAUUGGUCGUCUGCAAAAUCGUCUACAAAUUGGGUUCACGUGUCGUGCAAACUCCAGUGAUAAGCAAAUCAGCGAGCGAACUAUUCUGCCCACGACUGCAAUUUGUCGCAUCCAGCGAAGAUGAGGGACAUUCCGGAAAAAGCAAACGCAGUGUUCGCCAAUGGGCUUAGCACCUUCGUCAUGGAUUCACUCCAUAAAUCAGUGGAAGAUCACCAAUUCACAACAAUGGACGCAUGUUUCACGGCUUUCGAUAAGGACGGCGAUGAUCGGCUCUCCUUGUCCGAAUUCACGCUGAUUUGUCGGGCGCUGUUCAGGAACGACAAGGGCCACAUUUAUGUUGUUCCGCCGGAUUGGCUGGAGCACAUGUUCGCGGUGUUCGACAAGAACAACGACGGCUUCAUAGACAGGGAUGAAUUUCAGUUUUGCUGGAACAACUGGAUCAAAACGAUUGUACGACCGACAAAUGCCUUCCUCAUUGUCGACGUGCAGAAUGAUUUUAUCAGCGGCUCCUUGAACAUCAGCAACUGCAGCGCGCAACAGAAUGGCAUUGAGAUUCUGGCUCCGAUUAACAAACUUCUGGACACCGUGGAUUUCGAUACAGUUUUCUACUCGCUCGAUUGGCAUCCGAGCGAUCAUGUGUCGUUCAUUGAUAACGUCAAGAAGCGCCCUUUGCACCAUUCCAGUCCCGUUGAUGCUGACAAUGCACAGGUUUACGACACGGUGAUCUUCGCCGGGCCGCCGCCAAUGAAGCAGCGCUUGUGGCCGCGCCACUGCGUUCAGGAUUCGUGGGGAGCAGAACUGCACAAGGACAUGAAGGUUGUGGAGAACGGCGUGAAAGUGUACAAGGGAACGAAUCCCGAGGUGGACUCGUACUCUGUGUUCUGGGACAACAAGAAGCUCUCGGACACAACUCUGUGCUCUCAGCUGAAGACGAAGGGAAUCACGGACAUCUACGUGUGCGGCCUGGCCUUUGAUGUUUGCGUCGGUGCGACGGCGGCUGAUGCCCUGUCGGCGGGCUACAGGACGGUCCUCAUCGAGGACUGCUGCCGGGGCGUCGAUCUGAAGGAUAUCGAGUGCACGCGGCAGACAGUGUCGACCAACAACGGCGUUAUCGUACAAUCGCGCGAGGUGAAAGCAAUGGUGGAAGGUCGUGAUCGUCGACCUGAAUUGGGCUAUAAAUUGGCGAUGGAACUGAAAAACAGCGACUCAUCAUCGGCACAGCGCAGCGGAAAUCGACGGCCUAUUUAAAGGCGAGCUUCUGUGCUUUUUGUAAUGUCUCUAAAUCAAAAGUGGGUCUCUUUAGGCAUGAAGAAGCGCACGUUUGUCCAAUUUAUCUCACACAAUCAGAUCUACUUUUGCAUAAAUUAUAGAUGAGCGCAGGCUUUUCCUCUGGCUCUACAUAGGCGACAUUCCUGCAAAGUGUGGCGCAUAGGUUGUACUAUAUCAGAUUAGCAACACUAGACAGAGCAUGCGAACGUAUUUUAGUUUGAAAUCCGGGCUCUCAAUGGGCAUUGUUCCGUCCUGAUUGUUGUACAAAUAUUCCAAUAUAGCUGCAGAACUGCUGUUAUAAAUAAUUAUUGUGCAGGUGAUUUUACGGAAAUAAUUUCCACCACGAAAUGCACAAGUAAAUGAGAUAUAUUCCAAUUCAAGGUAAAUCUUUUGUUUACAACAUGAAAAAAUAGGAAAAAUUGUGAUGCAAAGUGAGCUUAAAAGGAUGUCUUAAAGAUACUUGUAAAAUAGGUAAAUUUCACAACACAAUCAUGAACAAUAAAAACAUUCAAUUUCAUCAUUUCCCAUGAACAAAAUAUCUCUAAUGCCUUAUAUUUAAACGGGUGAAACUGCGCUAAAAACUCUUAUUAUCGGCUAAAUUCAUAUCACUAUAGUACAAUUCCAAUAUAUUUAUCUUAAGCACGUGAGUGUUAAUUUAUUAUUUGUAAGAUUUCACGGGUAUUUUCUAGAAUAGACUUCACAUCACAAAAUAUCUUAACCUCAACUACUAAUAUGACUAAGUAUAUUUAUUUAUGACAUAAUUUCAGUCAAUGGUUGUGCUUAUAAAAAAUCUUCACUGUGUAUUUGCCUUAAGAAAUCACCGAAAUAAACUUUAUCCUUAUUUCCAGUUUAGUAAGAAUAUUUUUUGUGUGCGAGCAUGAAUAACUGAAUGUCAGAAGAGAACAAAUCUAGACAUAGUUUAUAGGGGAAAUUGAAAAAGAAAAACACUAGAAUGAGCAACUUAACGCAUCAUUGUCACAAUGUUAGACUGAGAAAUAUAGAUUUAUUAGAGAUUAAAGCAAAAAAUUUGCAUAGUGGCAAAAAUAGUGUUUAGUGUGGCCGUAAAAGAUUUAAUUAUAGCCAUUAUAGCACGUAAAGGAUAUGGACUGUAGAGCUCAUUUGUUAAUUAUCAACACUACAAUAUUAAGACGAAAAAAGAACGCUCUAACCAAUUUUUGUGCUGUAUAUUUUCUGAGUAGAGUAAUAAAGAUAUUUAUUUCUUAUAA